AAAUACAAACACGAAAUUAUUUUAACAGGCUUCACGAUAAACCCCUUGACAUGGGUCCACUUUCCAGUGAAGUCGAAUCUAACUGAAACGUGAAUUUUGGGCCUUAUAAGAAAACAAAAAUGCCACCAAAAGGAAAAGGUGGUAAGGCUGGCAAAGGCGGAGGUGCUUCAGGAAGUGGUGACACCGAUAAGAAAGAGAAGAAAGAGAAAGGAGGAACCGCUGUAAAGGUUCGACAUAUCCUUUGUGAAAAACAUGGAAAAUGUAUGGAGGCAAUGGAGAAAGUCAAGUCAGGUGUCCGGUUCAGUGAGGUGGCAUCACAGUACAGUGAAGAUAAAGCCAGACAAGGAGGUGACCUCGGCUGGAUGACAAGAGGGUCCAUGGUUGGACCAUUCCAGGACGCAGCCUUUGCCCUGCCGGUCAGCUCAAUGGACAAACCUGUAUACACAGACCCUCCUGUCAAAACAAAGUUUGGCUAUCACAUUAUCAUGGUGGAGGGCAAAAAAUGAUUAGAGCUUCUGACAACCCCAGAGAAUUCUUUGAUUGGAUUGUUGUACCAUUUUUUGUUUUAUUUUAUUAUGAGAUGGUCUUACUUGAGUGUUAAAGGUUAUGCCAUUUUUUUCUGCAGAUUUUUAGUCAAUCCCUUGAUGAACGGAUGGAAGAUGAUUUCAUUGGUAAACCAAAUGACUGAUAGUGUCUCUUUACAGUUUGGUAAUUUUAUUUCCGAAGCACUGUAAGACACAGUUGGACCUUAUCUGACUUAUAUUGACAGUAUAUUGACAGUGUGGGACCAUGAAGACAUGAAAUAUUUGCUAGUCCUAGCGAUUUGUAUUGGUUUUCUUUUCUCCUCCUUGCUUUGUGCACUUCUGUGGUAAACCAAGUAAAAAUUCAGGACCUGUGAAAAUAAAAACACGGACGAUGA